AUGCCUAUGGACGAUAAAUAUAUAGGACUCGCCUUGGCGAUGUCCUCCUCGCUAGCAAUAGGAACUUCAUUCAUUAUUACAAAGAAGGGUCUCAUGGACGCGUCGGCACGUAGUAGACUGGCAAAUACUGACAACGGCACUGUGCAGGCCACUGACUACUUACAGAAUCCAAUAUGGUGGGGUGGUAUGGUUACUAUGGCGAUUGGUGAGAUUGCGAACUUUGCCGCUUACACGUUUGCCCCGGCUAUCUUGGUUACUCCAUUAGGUGCAUUAUCAGUCAUUAUAGGAGCUGUAUUAGCAGCGAUGUUUUUGAAAGAAGAAUUGGGAACAUUGGGAAAAAUGGGUUGUGCCAUUUGUCUUAUGGGAUCAGUUAUAAUUAUCUUGCAUGCACCACCAGAUAAAGAGGUUGAAACGGUUGAUGAGAUUUUGGGCUAUGCCACACAACCAGGGUUCCUAUUUUACUGUUUUGUGGUAGGGCUUUACUCAUUGUUCAUGAUUUACAAAAUAGUGCCCAAGUAUGGAAACACCAACCCAAUGAUUUAUUUGUCAAUUUGUUCUUCUGUGGGAUCCAUUUCCGUCAUGUCCAUUAAGGCUUUUGGAAUUGCAUUGAAAUUGACUUUGAGUGGCAACAAUCAGUUCACUCAUGUAUCCACAUACUUAUUUUUGAUUGUUGUGGCAUUAUGUAUCAUCACACAAAUGAAUUACUUCAACAAAGCGUUGGAUCAAUUCGAUACAUCCAUCGUUAACCCCUUGUACUAUGUUACAUUCACCACAUUUACUUUGGUUGCUUCAUUUAUUUUGUUUAGAGGAUUCAACACAUCAUCUGCCGUUGAUAUCAUCUCCUUGUUGAUAGGUUUCCUCAUCAUCUUCAGUGGAGUAUAUUUGCUCAACAUUGCAAGAAAAGACGACAGUGGACAAAAUCGUGAGAUAUUUGGUGUUCACAGCUCAAAAGAUAUGGCACCAUUGGACAAUGGCGUGGGAGGAUUCUCAACUGUCAGGAGAUCGAUGCAAGUAAAUAGGUCUAUGGAUUAUGAUGAGGAAGAGAGGGUAGCUCUAAGAAGAAUUGACAGCUUUGAGAUAGACAGCGAUGGAGAAGAUGUAAGAACUCAUAGACAUUAA